AUGGUCGCAUUGAACACCGUCUGGCCUGCAGAUUCGAUCGAGUUCUGCCCUCAUGAGAAUGCUUCUGAUAUCUUUGUUUGCGGGACCUAUCGAUUAGAACAGCCCCCCGCCGACUCGGAUGCUCAGGUGCAUACCGCAUUGGAUGACGGUAAAGUAGAUUUCGAACACACCAAAAAGCAAGUCCGUCGUGGCAAGUGUCUUGUGUUGCAAGUGACAGAGAACAGAGGAGUUUCCCAGAUUCAGGAAAUCAGUCUUCCAGCCGUUCUGGACCAGAAAUGGUGUCAUACGUCUCAAACGGCCUAUCCAGUACUCGGAAUUGCAGACUCGGAAGGGAACAUCACACUUCACGAGUGGCACAAAGAAGAGCGCCGGCUCAAGGCAUUUCAGAGCAUAUCCUGCGCACCCUCAGAUGUUCUAUGCCUUUCCUUGGACUGGUCUACCCGAAGAUACCCCACAAACAAAUAUGGUUCUCUGGUGGUUUCCCUGUCAAAUGGCUCGCUAUGUGUCCUGAAUGCUGAUUCAACUGGCAAUUUGACUAUCGUCAACCGGUGGCACGCACACGAUUACGAACCUUGGAUUGCUGCCUGGAACUAUUGGGAUACCUCGAUCGUUUAUUCGGGUGGAGACGACUUAACCAUGAAGGGCUGGGAUGUCCGACAAAAUUUUAGCCAGCCCAUCUUUACAAAUAAGCGGCAUGUAACUAUCCCCACAUAUUUUGUUUAUUUCUCAUACCCUCGAAGAUUUAAUGCAGGUGUCACGACUAUCCAAAGCCAUCCACACAUCGAAUAUCUCAUAGCCGUCGGAAGCUACGAUAAUAACGUUUGCAUUUUUGACACUCGGAAGCCGCUAGUCCCGCUCGUUCAAGGAGACGUUGGAGGGGGUGCGUGGCGUGUCAAGUGGCAUCCGUCACCCAGUCGUAAGGAGGAUCUCCUCGUCGCAAGCAUGCACGACGGUUUCAAGGUGGCGAAGGCCCACCACGGAGAAGAUGUAACAUGGGAAAUUGUAAAGCGAUUUGAUGACCACAAGUCGCUAGCAUACGGCGCAGACUGGUCAUUCGCUCCUCCAGGUGUAGACGGGGAGACCCUGAUCGCGAGUUGCUCAUUCUAUGAUCACACGUUACACCUCUGGAGCGGCUAG